GGCUGUAAAAUCAAUCAAAAAAACUGUAGUUGAAUCUGAACAAUCGACAUCUUUCACAAGGAGGAAGUACUAACCGAUAAUUUUGAUUUGCAAUGGUGCUUAAAUGGAGCAGAACCCUAGUUAAUAUAUACAGGGUGCAGAACAAUUUAUGGUUUUCUUGCAGAAGUAUUUCUAGGGUUUCCUCUGUUGAACUGCCAAAAGUUGUUGAUUAUAUGGGGAAAAGUUAUGCUGAUAUAUCAGAGGGUCAUGGAUUGGAGCAACUGUGGUUUCUGUAGGUAAAUUUGAAUAAGAUGUUUCGUAGUAAGGCGGUUUCAUUAGCCCUGCCACCUGGAUCGCCUCAUAGGAUUAACGAGCCUAAUUACAAGGGUAUUCGCUUGUUUAUCCUCAGAUUGAUGCUCUUUUAUAGUAAGCAGAGUAUGUCUAUUCGAGCAGCGAAUGUUAUUUACCGUCGCGUUGUUUCUCAAGUUGAUAACCCUAUGGUUUAUGACGUUUUUAGGUUGGAGAAGACCUUUAGAACGACAUUCUCGAUGCUCGUUGUGCACGUGUGGCUUUGUUUGCGACGUUUGAAAGUGGAAGGAAAAGAAGGCGUUGAAUUGGGUCAAUAUGUGUAUGAGAUAUACAAUCAUGAUUUGGAGAUUAGGGUUUCAAAAGCCGGGGUUAAUUUGCUGUUGUCUAAAUGGAUGAGGGAACUGGAAAAAAUAUUUUACGGUAAUAUUGUGGCUUAUGACACUGCCAUGCUUCCGGAAGCGAAACCAGACGCGUUACACAAUACGAUAUGGAAGAACGUAUUCUCAAGUGAUGGUUCACCGACGUAUGACGCUGCUGCAUUACCAGCUGUCCUGGCUUUCUCAAGAUAUGUACGACGAGAAUGCACUUGCUUGUCAUUAACAGAUAAGGAGUCGAUGUUUUCUGGCAACUUCAUGUUCAGCGCUAUCUACAACCCAAACACGCCGCGAUAGCUUGUAAAUCUGGACCUGUGUUAGUUAUGUUUUACAAAUUUACACUUACACCCCUUCCAUUUUAGUUUUUUUUUUUACAUCCAUCAUAUUCUGUCAAUUAAAUUCUUUUAUUAAAUGUAUAGUAAUAAACAAACCUCAAGCGAUAAAUGAUAAAAUAUAUUGUUAUUGAAUAGGUUACACAAA